UUGCUUGAGUUUCCUGUUGUCACGCCAUGAUCAUUUUUUUCUCUCUUUACUUCUUCUUUUACACAAAUAGACCCAGACUUCUGUGUUAGCAGCCUGUGUUGGCCACCUUAAAGAUAAUCAGUGAAUUUCACCUGAAGUAUUGAGGGACAUUGCCUACAAAAGGUCAUCUAUCCCAGCAUGGGCAUGAGCAGCCUGAAAUUGCUGAAAUAUGUCCUAUUUAUCUUUAACUUGCUCUUUUGGGUCUGUGGCUGUUGCAUUUUGGGCUUUGGUAUCUACCUCCUUGUCCAAAACACCUAUGGAGUGCUCUUCCGUAACCUUCCCUUCCUGACACUGGGCAAUGUUCUCGUCAUUGUGGGCUCCAUUAUCAUGGUAGUUGCCUUCUUGGGCUGCAUGGGCUCAAUCAAGGAAAACAAGUGCCUGCUUAUGUCGUUCUUUGUUCUGCUGAUGAUUAUUCUCCUUGCUGAGGUGACCUUAGCCAUCCUGCUCUUUGUGUAUGAACAAAAGCUGAACAAGUAUGUGGCUGAGGGCCUGAAUGACAGCAUUCAACAUUAUCACUCAGACAACAACACCAUGGCAGCAUGGGACUUCAUCCAGUCACAUUUGCAGUGUUGUGGUGUAAACAGCUCAAGUGAUUGGACCAGUGGUCCACCAUCUUCCUGCCCACCAGGUGCAGAUGUUCAGGGUUGCUAUAAUAAAGCAAAAUCGUGGUUUCACUCCAAUUUCUUGUAUAUUGGAAUCAUUACCAUCUGUGUAUGCGUGAUACAGGUGCUGGGGAUGGCCUUUGCACUGACACUGAACUGCCAGAUUGACAAAACCAGUCAGGCCUUAGGGCUGUGACUUGCAACUGCCCUGAGCUUGAAAGACUUAUUUCUCUCUGGAAAUCCAAAAUACCUAUAGUAUGAGACCCCAAACAAUCACCUGCCUGCCUGGCAUUUUGGUUUUUCUCUUAUCUCUUCCUUGACUGGGUCCCUGUCUUAUACAUCCAAGGAAGAGAAUAUUUGUCAUGAAGUCUCCAUCUCAAGGAGAAGACAAUCAUUCACCAACUGAUGGCAGUAGCCAUAUCCCUUAAAGACAGUGAAACAUGCCUGGGUAAAUUUUUUGGACAUAAGAGGCCAAGAGAACCUGAAGCCCUGCUGUCUUGAGAUCCAAGGAUAGCUGCAGGUGUGCAUAUAGCUCAGAGAAUUGCGUGAACCCCCGAAUUUAGCAUAUGUGAGCCCCUGAGUUCUACAAAAGAUGGGUCCAAGUUUAAAUGUUGUACUCAACAAUUGUCAAAUCAGUCUGUAGCCUCUAAAUCAUGCUACUUUCACUCUACAUAAGAGACAAGCUGAAGGCAAUUUUGGAUUCAGAUUCACUGGACAAGUGAUACACCCUGUUUCCUUCUGAGCAUAGGCCUUGGUAAUAGGAAUGUUACGUGGAUCUCUCUUCAAAGGGAAAUAUUUCAAUUUCUUUGUUAAAAUAUAUUACUGAUUUCUGUUACAUCCAUCUGUCAGUCCAUCCAUCCAUCCAUCCAUCCAUCCAUCCA